AGUCUGUCCACAGUUGCAAAGCAUUAACAAACAUGAUGAGAAAGUUACUACUCCAGGCCUCGGCUCUACGUCGCCUCUCCACUGCCCACUCCCUCCCAUCUCUUCUCACCUCUUCUUCUCGACGAUGUUCUUCUUCUUCUUCCAAGACGACGUCGCCUCAACCCCCCAUCACUUCUCUCGAACACUUGGACGACGGACCCAGUCAAGCCACUUCCAAAAUCUCCAUCGAUCGCUCCGCUCUGUACAACCCCCCAGAGCAUUCCCAUGAACACUCCUCGGAUUCCGAGCUCGUUAAGCACCUGAAAGGCAUUAUCAAGUUCCGCGGUGGGCCAAUCUCAGUAGCUGAGUACAUGGAAGAAGUUUUGACAAACCCAAAGGCUGGAUUCUAUAUUAACCGGGAUGUGUUUGGAACAGAAGGUGAUUUCAUCACCUCUCCUGAAGUGAGCCAGAUGUUUGGGGAGAUGAUUGGUGUUUGGGUUAUGUGUCUGUGGGAGCAAAUGGGUCAACCAAGUAAAGUGAACCUAGUUGAGUUGGGUCCUGGACGAGGAACUCUCAUGGCUGAUCUUCUUCGUGGUACAUCUAAGUUCAAAAACUUCAUAGAAUCAUUGCAAAUACAUAUGGUUGAAUGCAGUCCAACAUUACAGAAGCUUCAGCACAAGAACUUGAAAUGUGUGGAUGAAGACAGUCACAAUGGAAAUGUUGACAAAAGGACUAUUAGCAUGUUGACUGGAACUCCUGUCUCAUGGCAUGCUGCAUUGGAGCAGGUUCCAUCUGGAUUGCCAACAAUCAUUAUUGCCCAUGAGUUUUAUGAUGCUCUACCAGUUCAUCAAUUUCAGAGGGCUUCUCGUGGUUGGUGUGAGAAAAUGAUUGAUGUUGCUGAAGAUUCAUCGUUUCGUUUUGUUCUAUCUCCACAGUCUACACCUGCAAAACUCUAUUUGAUGGAACGUUGCAAGUGGGCUGGGGCUGAAGAAAUAGCAAAGCUUGAUCAGAUCGAGGUUUGCCCCAAGGCAAUAGAGUUAACUCAUACAAUUGCUAAGAGAAUAAGCUCUGAUGGAGGUGGGGCGCUUGUAAUUGAUUAUGGCCUGGAUGGAAUUGUCUCAGAUAGUCUUCAGGCAAUUCGGAAACAUAAGUUUGUCAACAUAUUGGAUAAUCCUGGGUCUGCUGAUCUCAGUGCAUAUGUUGAUUUUGCAUCCAUCAGGCAUUCUGCUGAAGAAGCUUCAGACGAUGUGAUUGUCCAUGGGCCCAUUACCCAGUCUCAGUUUCUUGGUUCUCUUGGGAUAAAUUUCCGAGUUGAAGCACUACUAAAGAAUUGCACAGAUGAACAGGCAGAAUCUCUGAGGACUGGAUAUUGGCGUUUGGUUGGUGAAGGUGAAGCCCCAUUCUGGGAGGGACCUGAUGAUCAGGUGCCCAUAGGGAUGGGGACUCGGUAUUUGGUAAUGGCUAUUGUGAACAAGAAACAAGGCAUUCCAGUUUCAUUUCAAUAGAGUAUGUGGAAUUCUCUCCGUACUUUGGGGCUAUGUACAUUUACUAAUUUAUUCUGCUGUGGAAUCAUGUUCCUGAGGAUUUUGCAGAACAAUGUCCAGUUUAUUUUGGAAUUUGGGCCUUCUUAUGGUUUCCAUUUCUGGCAAUUUUGGUAGCUCAGACUGAGCCAUGGCAAAAUUUACGAGUGUUUUGCGGUGAUAUGCACUCCUAUGCUUGGCUUAUCUUUUGUGUCAUGUUCAUUUUUCUCCAUCAAAAACAAAGAAUAUUUGAUUGGGCAACAUGUUAAUAAUAUUUGUUGUUUGGAUG